CAGGAGCUGAACAACUAACGUACAGGCUGACAGCAGCAGAUGUAUCAUCAGCAACAGCUCCACACCCAUAACCAGCACCUGUCCUCGUCAAGGCCAGGCUUACCUCCUGAGAAGCAGUUCCUCCUGCACGGAGCAGGCGGCGGCGGCGGCGGCGGAGAUGCAGGGCUCGUCCUCUCCACCGAUGCUAAGCCUCGCCUGAAAUGGACACCCGAGCUGCACGAGCGUUUUGUUGAGGCGGUGCAUCAGCUCGGAGGCCCAGACAAGGCCACGCCGAAAACCAUCAUGAGGCUCAUGGGGAUCCCUGGACUCACCCUGUACCAUCUCAAGAGCCAUCUCCAGAAAUACAGACUCAGCAAGAACCUCCAGGCCCAAGCUCAUACUGCCAGCGCAAAGAAUGCGUUGGUAGGCUGCCGGACGGGAGCAGACAACGCCCUAUGCCAAGGGAGUGCUUCACCGCCGCCACCACCGCCGCCGCCGCACCUGAACCUAGAACCGCCGCAGAUAAACAGGUCAAUGCACAUAAGUGAAGCCCUCCAGAUGCAGAUCGAAGUCCAGAGACGGCUGCAUGAGCAGCUAGAGGUUCAGAGACACCUGCAGCUGCGGAUCGAAGCGCAGGGCAAGUACUUGCAGUCCGUGCUGGAGAAGGCGCAGGAGGCGCUGGCCAAGCAGAGCGGCGGCGCUGACGAGACGACGACGACGACGCAGCAGCAGCAGCAGUUGCUGCUGCCGGAUCUCAUCUCGAGAGCCACGGCGACGAGGCGCGGCAAUGUCCAGCAGGAGCACCUCCACCAGCAGCACCACCUCGGAGGCGACGGGUCGGUGGACAGCUGCCUGACCGCGUGCGAGGGGUCUCGGUGCCAGAGGGAGAGGGACCAGGACCUGCUGUCCAUCGGCCUCUCGUCCGCUCCGCCUCCCACUCCCACUCCCAGCAGAGGCUACAACGACAGAGGAGGCGGCGGCAGCGCCAGCUGCGAGGAGUUCCUGCAGUUUCUUGACGAGCCCAGCAGAAGAGGAGCAGGAGGAGGAGGGUCCUCGGAUGAGCAGCAGGAGCUUGACCUCAGCAUCAGCGGCGGCAGGAGCAAUCCAAGGCCUCGCGGCAGCCAAAGCCAAAGGAUCGACCUCAACGGAUCCAGCUGGAACUGAAUGGUCGUCCUUUUAGCAAUGGUCUCCUUCCUCGUAGCUUUAGCUGCAGUAGGGAAAAUGGCCAGGGUCACAGCAGGUGCCCUGUGUGUGGGUGCACUUCCAUGCCCUGCAGCCAUUUGCAGCAAAUAACUAAGCAGUGACUGAUGAUGAUGGUGAAUUGGCAUGCGAGAAAGAGAACCCAGAUGCACGUUCUCCUUUGACGUCUGAUUAGUUAACUCUAUAGAUCUGUAUUCCAGACAUGGAAAAGUACACUGCUGAGAUCCUCUCAUCAGUUUCAGGAAUGUACAGAACUCGCAGCGGAUGCACACGAAUCCAUGCUGCUGCUUCUGCCUUGGCCCACCAGUCAGUAAGCUAUUCCUCGCUCGGCCAAGCCAACACAAGCGAUGGAAAUAUCCAGCUCGGAGCUCGCUAUUCCACUGUAGCAUGCUUCUUGUUUCGUUUGUCUGUGCGUGGCCAUCUUCGUCCCACUAGUCGCUUUCUGUAUUCUUUUCUUCCUCUUUUCAACUGCCCAUUGCUGGUUUGACACACAACGUUGCUCUGUAUUUCUGGAAUAAUAAAUGGUACUCAAUCAGUUUU